AUCGCAAAAAUAUCCGCAAAUGAAAGAAUUUAAUAGAAUCUCAACUAUUCAUUAUAUGCCUAAAUUCAUCGGUAUUGUUAUUGUUAAGAUUUAGAUCAUUAGUGAAUGACAAAUCAAUCAGUGAUGAAUUAAUGAAUCACGUAAACCUAAACAAACGAAGCAGUUUACUAAAAAUAAUCGCAUGCGAGCAAAUCGCUUUAUCUUCCGAAGACUUGUUUGUGUUAGUAGUAGUUAGUACCUACGCAGAAUGAGGGAGUGAGUCAUGUCCCCCUUGACCUUUGUUACCCGAGAUAUAGAGCAUAUAAUAGACGAGUAGAUGCCUCGUUGUUUAUAUCGCUCAGUUCACAACGCGCGCUUCCGCCGGCCGGUCAACCGCAAUGAAGAAUUUAACUAUAGUAUUAUUCACUCUCGUGAUAUUCUGCCACUACGCCGACUGUGGUUACUUCAGCUUCCUCGACAAGUUCACCAACAGCACCGCCCAGAUCACCGGCUUUUUGCGCAUGAAAGGGCGUAAGCUGGUCCACAAAAUCGGCAACUUUAUACUACCAGAUGCUGUGACCAAGAAACCUUAUACGACGCCGGACCGUAUGGAAGAUGCAGAGUCGAGAUCUAUGAGAAAGUUCUCGGAGUACGCGACGGAAGCGCAAAGGAAAGAUUCGUCUGUGUUCGAUGCCAUAGCUCCAGCAGGCGGCGUGGACUGCCGGGACGAUGUCACAGUACAAAUGACCACGCCAGAGCUGAUCGCACUCCAUGGAUACACCAGCGAAUCCCACACAGUCAUCACCGACGAUGGCUACAUCCUCACUCUGCACCGUAUACCUGUGACCUCGCAGAGAGAGCCGAGAGAGACUGUGCUUCUACACCACGGGUUGCUCGGCAGCUCAGCAGACUGGGUGAUCCCUGGACCGCGCCACGCCCUCGCCUACAUCCUCUCAGAUGCCGGCUACGACGUCUGGCUCGCCAAUGUUCGAGGCAACACGUACUCCCGCGCUCAUAUAAGCCGGAAAGUCGACUCUUUCCAGUUCUGGAACUUCACAUUCCAUGAGGUAGCUCAACACGACUUGCCGACGGUUAUAGACUACAUCAUGCGGGUGAAAGGAGGUAAAACGCAUCUGCAUUAUGUGGGGCAUUCGAUGGGGACCACAGUUCUCUUCGCGCUGCUGUCGACUAAACCUCGCUACAACAAGAUCUUGAAAGCGGGCUACGCGUUGGCGCCUGUAGCCUACAUGAGUGAUAUCCGCAGCCCCAUUAAAAUGCUCGCGAGAUUCUCCAACAACAUCGAGUAUCUGCUAAAGCUGUUGGGAGCCAACGAGUUCCUCCCUCAGAAUGCGGUGCUGCGCUGGCUGUCGAAACACAUGUGUGAGAUCAACCACUACGAGGAGGCAAUCUGUGAAAACUCCAUGUUUGUUUUGUGUGGACACGACGAAUCACAGUUCAACAGGACCUUAUUACCGCAUAUCCUGGCUCACGUCCCGGCGGGCGCAUCGACAAGGACUCUAGUGCACUACGCGCAAGAGAUCAAGGCCGAGGGCCGAUUCCAGCAGUUCGACUACGGCUCUGAAGGCAACAUGCGGCAUUAUGGCACCAAGUCACCCCCAGAAUACCCUCUACACAACAUCACGCUGCCCAUAGCUCUGCUCAGCGCUAAAAACGAUUGGCUAGCAGGUGAUAUAGAUGUUGCCCGUCUGUUCAGCAAACUUGCUAACCCGAUUGAGCAUUACGAGGUGCCAUACGAUGAGUUUAACCACAUAGAUUUCUUAUACGCGAUCGAUGCGCCGGCGCUGGUGUAUGACAAACUCCUGCGCAUGCUUGAAGACAGAAUAAAUGAGGAUAAAGCGAUCGAAGAUCGAGAUAUGAAUGAGGCGUUCCAUGUGAAAAGAGACGGUAGUGUCCCUGAUUUGCUGAGCAAUACGAUCGAUUACAGGCCUUAAAUCGAUUAGAGACUGAACAAUGAACAUACUAAGAAAGUAUAGUUACCUAGCAGGUUUAGGUGUGUUAAGUGCCUAGUGAGAUUAGUUAAUAUCGUAAGAUUUAAUAAACAUACAAAUAUUUAAGUAA